CUGAAACCACAGGGCUCUGCGCCCGGGGAGUGCGGUGCUCUGCCGUCCUGGCCGCGGGCAGGCGGGGCUGCGCUCGGCAGGGGGUUGGUGGAGCGAGUGGCAAGCCCGAAAGUCAAGAGGAUGCGAAAAAAUGGGGCAGUUUUCGGUGUACUUUCUAAGGCUUGUGGGGAUGGCAGUAGCCAUUAUCUUGAUGAGAUCAUAGCUACCUUCCGUGGGCAGGCAAUAUGUAGUUUUUUAAAAAAGACGUGCGGAGAUGAAAUCGAGACCGACAGAGCUAAUCCCUGAAAUACGGUCACCGACAAAGGUUGGAUCCCAUGUAUUAAAGGAUAUGGACAGCAAGGUACACAAAGCUGGAAAUGAAACCUUUGUACAAGAAAUGAAACAAGAUGAUUCAAAAGAGAUUAUUGACAGUAUAAUAGAAGAAAGCCAGAAGGCACAACAACUGGAUGAUGAUUCUUUAGCUACUAGAGGAAAAGAACCGACUGCUCCAACUUCAGAUGCAAAUGCUUGGAUUUCUGGAGCAGGUAUCAUUAGUAGUAUACCAGAAGUAUUAGCUGCUAAAAUAUCAUUGCAAGAAGACCCUGGAGAACUGGUGUAUCAGAAUGUAUGUAAGGACACUGAAUUGGAGUCAGGGAAGCUUUUGUUUACUUCAGAGCAACAGGAAACUCAUAAACUAACAAAAGUAACGAGUGCAACUGACCAUAAAAUGGAUGAAACCGAAGCACAAGAAGAAACAUCAAAAAAUGAGGACAUAACAGACAAGAAAGAGGCAAAUACUUUAGAACAAGUGGCUUCACAUUUAGCUACCAAAGACCUUUCUACAACAGAAGAAAUGCCUCCAGCAAAACCACCAAGGCAACUUACUGUAGAACCUGAUAUAGUUGCUAGCACAAAGAAGCCUGUCCCAGCACGGCCACCACCUCCAACAAAUGUUCCUCCUCCAAGACCACCACCACCUGCACGGCCAGCUCCACCCCCUCGGAAGAAGAAGAGUGAAGUGGAUUUUGAAGUGCAAAAACCUGUUUUAGAAGUUUCUCGAGAGAACUUCACAGCUGGUGGUCUUUUAACUCCAAGUACAGUGACAGAGGGCAUGCCCAAAGAUUCUCAGCCUUCUUUGGAUUUGGCAAGUGCAACUAGUGGAGAUAAAAUAGUCACUGCACAGGAAAAUGGGAAAGCAGCUGAUGGCCAAACAACAAAUGAAGUGCUUGGACCACAAAGACCCAGGUCUAAUUCUGGAAGAGAGCUCACAGAUGAGGAAAUUCUAGCAAGUGUAAUGAUAAAAAACCUUGAUACAGGUGAAGAAAUACCCCUGAGUUUGGCAGAAGAAAAGCUGCCAACAGGCAUUAAUCCCCUAACUUUGCAUAUCAUGAGGAGAACUAAAGAAUAUGUCAGUAACGAUGCAGCACAGUCUGACGAUGAAGACAAAAUGCAGACACAGCAAACCGAUUCUGAUGGAGGGAGGUUAAAACAAAAAACGACCCAGCUGAAAAAGUUCCUUGGCAAAUCUGUAAAGCGAGCAAAGCACCUUGCUGAAGAAUAUGGUGAACGUGCUGUAAAUAAAGUUAAGAGUGUUCGAGAUGAAGUCUUCCAUACAGAUCAAGAUGAUCCCUCUUCCAGUGAUGAUGAAGGGAUGCCAUAUACAAGACCAGUGAAGUUCAAAGCAGCACAUGGCUUCAAGGGACCUUACGAUUUUGAACAAAUUAAAGUUGUUCAGGAUCUCAGUGGAGAGCAUAUGGGUGCUGUUUGGACAAUGAAAUUCUCUCACUGUGGUCGAUUACUUGCAUCUGCAGGACAGGACAACGUAGUAAGAAUAUGGGUUUUAAAGAAUGCUUUUGACUAUUUCAAUAACAUGCGAAUGAAGUACAACACAGAAGGCCGUGUCUCUCCCUCCCCAUCUCAAGAGAGUCUGAAUUCUUCAAAGUCUGAUACUGAUGCAGGGACUUGCAGUGGAGUUGAUGAAGACCCAGAUGACAAAAAUGCCCCGUUUCGUCAACGACCGUUUUGCAAAUACAAAGGGCAUACAGCAGAUCUUCUUGAUCUUUCCUGGUCUAAAAAUUACUUCUUGCUUUCUUCUUCUAUGGACAAAACUGUCAGAUUAUGGCACAUAUCAAGAAGAGAAUGUCUUUGCUGUUUCCAGCAUAUAGACUUUGUCACUGCUAUAGCAUUCCAUCCAAGGGAUGACAGGUAUUUCUUAAGUGGUUCAUUGGAUGGGAAACUCCGACUCUGGAACAUUCCUGACAAAAAAGUGGCAUUAUGGAAUGAAGUAGAUGGGCAGACAAAAUUGAUUACAGCUGCCAACUUCUGUCAGAAUGGCAAAUAUGCAGUCAUAGGCACAUACGAUGGAAGGUGCAUCUUCUAUGACACAGAGCACUUGAAAUACCAUACGCAAAUACAUGUGCGUUCUACCAGAGGCCGAAAUAGAGUUGGAAGAAAAAUUACUGGCAUCGAACCCUUGCCUGGAGAGAAUAAGAUACUAGUGACAUCAAAUGAUUCCAGAAUCAGAUUGUAUGACCUAAGAGAUCUGUCUUUAUCUAUGAAAUACAAAGGUUAUGUCAACGGCAGCAGCCAAAUCAAAGCCAGCUUUAGCCAUGACUUCACCUACAUUGUAAGUGGUUCAGAAGAUAAAUAUGUUUAUAUUUGGAGUACAUACCAUGACUUGAGCAAGUUUACAUCUGUAAGAAGAGACCGUAAUGACUUCUGGGAAGGCAUUAAAGCACACAAUGCAGUGGUCACAUCUGCGAUUUUUGCUCCCAAUCCUGGUUUGAUGGUGUCACUGGAAACUUCUGAAAAGCAAGAAGCUGAAAGUAAGGGAGAAGAUUCUGAAACAUCAGAUACCAUACCCUCUGGAGCUUUGAAGACAGAUCACACAGAAGUGCUUUUAUCGGCUGACUUUACUGGAGCAAUCAAAGUAUUCAUUAACAAAAAGAAAUAUGUAUCUUAGUUGUUUCGCAACUGACAGCAUAAAGCUAUGGUACUGUGGGAUUAAAAUUCCAUAAAUAAUGUGGGCAAAAGCAAAGUAUCUAAUAUAAUAAUGUUACAGGCUGAUUUAUUUUAAAAUCUUUAUUUUAAGGCUACUCAAAUAUUGGAUCCUUGGAAAGCAGUGUCUACCUAUUAACACCUGGGCUUGUAGAAUAGAAAGGAAUGUGUAAGAAUAAUCCUGCCAAACAUUAGACUCUAAACUUUCUAAGAACAGCUGUUUUGCAACAUAAUUGUGAACCUGCACAGGUUUCUGCACGAAAACGUAUUCACACAUGUGUGUGCCUUUUGGUUACAUACACUAAUUUGAACAAAUAUCAAAAGGAUUUUAGUGGUGCUUGUGGCCACUAGAUGUCAGGAAUGGGCAUGGGAAGGAAAGGUUGGAGGUAUGGCUGGAAAAAUGCUGAAUGGUCUAGUCUGAUCUUUGCACAAAAUUCCAUUUGAGAAAGAUCUUGAAUUUGUAGUAGCUAUUGUUCAGAAUUUUAAGUUAUGCAAGUUUUUGAUGGGUCAGCAACCAUGUGUAAAUGUUUUUAUAAAUUUCUCAACUUCAGGACGUGAAAAUUUUUUUGUUGUCUUUUAAUUGUUGUGGACUUUAGAUUCCUUUCUUAUAUAUAAUUUUUUGCACACUGGAGCACAAUACUUGUGUAAAGAAUUCUCUCAUUCCUUGUUCACGGGCACCAGGAUAUAUUCACCUUCCAGAUAAAAUUAAGCUGCAUUAGAAAGUUCUUAUAUUUUACAACUAUGUAAAAUAAACUGUUUACAUUUUUUAAGCAUUGUAGCUUAAAGUUUUAAGUUCUUCUCAUUUGUUUAGUGCCACUGAAUUUUGAAAGUCUUUGUAAAUACUCAUAAAAAACACCUAUGAAGUAACAUUCUGGGCAUCAUAACCCAUGAAAUGUUAUUGAUGGUCAAGUGUUUCAGAGAACAGAUGUAUCAUUAAACUUGGUCACACACUUGGAAA